AUGAGAUUGCACAACUUGAAUAGAAUGAUUAGAGAAAGUGACACUUUGUGUAGGAACUAUCUUCGUAUAAAUCGAUACACAUUUGGUGUACUUUUAGAGAUGGUUAGAGAUAUUGGUGGAUUAAAUGAAACAAGAAACACAUGUUUGGAAGAGAUGGUUGCGGGUUUCUUAUACACAUUAGCUCACCAUAAGAAAAAUAGAAUGAUGGGUGCACAUUUUUAUAGAAGUGGUGAAACUAUUAGUAGACAAUUUCAUGCUUGUUUGUUAGCAAUCUUAAAGUUACAUGCUAUUCUUCUUAAGAAACCAACACCAAUACAAGAGGAUUGCAACGAUGAAAGAUGGAAAUAUUUCAAGAACUCAUUAGGUGCUCUUGAUGGUACAAUGAUUCUAGUGAAUGUUCCUUGUGAUGAUCGAUCCAAAUAUCGGACUAGAAAAGGUACCCUUGCUAUGAAUGUAUUAGGAGUAUGUUCACCCGAGAUGGAAUUUAUAUAUGUCUUACCUGGUUGGGAGGGGUCGGCACACGAUGGUCGGAUUCUUCGAGAUGCUAUUUCUAGGCCUAAUGGGUUAAAAGUUCCAAAAGGUUGUUAUUAUCUAUGUGAUGGAGGAUAUACUAAUGGAGAAGGAUUCCUUGCACCCUAUAGAGAGCAUCUUUAUCAUCUUAGAGAAUGGAAUAAUGGCCCCCGACAACCUCAAACCGCCGAAGAAUAUUUCAACUUAAGGCAUGCAAAAGCUAGAAAUGUGAUUGAGAGAUGCUUUGGAUUACUCAAGGGAAGAUGGGGGAUUCUUAGAAGUCCUUCUUGGUUUAGUUUACAAACACAUAGUCGAAUUGUACUUGCUUGUGCUUUAUUACAUAAUUUGGUAAAGAGAUACAUGCUUGCAGAAUUUGAUGAUGAGGACUUGUUUGAGGAAAAUGAUAGUGAUGAUAAUGAGGAAGAUGAUGUGGAGUACAUAACCUCCAUUACUAGGAUGGAUGAAAGUAGUGCUAGUGGAGGUGGAAAGGGAAAAAACAAACGAUUUUGGACUGCCCAAGAAGAUAAAGUUCUUGUGGAAGCAUUGUCAGAGCUAGCUGUUGAUCCUCACUAG